UGUGCGAUGAGGCCGGGAGCGAGCCGGGAGGCUUAACCCUGCUCCGGCCGGGAGCUAUGCCCGCGGGGAACGGCACGGGCACCUCCAGCCGCCCGGCGCCCGCGGCGCCCGAGCAGGAGGUGCCGGGCGAUCGGCCCCUCUUCAGCGCCGGUACCUACGAGCUGCUGGCGCUGCUGGUCGCAACCAUCGGCAUGCUGGGCUUGUGCAACAACUUGCUGGUACUGGUGCUCUACUACAAGUUCAAGCGGCUCCGCACGCCCACCAACCUCUUCCUCGUCAACAUCAGCCUCAGCGACCUGCUGGUGUCCGUCUUCGGCGUGAGCCUUACCUUUAUGUCCUGCUUGAGGAGCCGCUGGGUGUGGGACGCCGCCGGCUGCGUCUGGGACGGCUUUAGCAGCAGCCUCUUCGGAAUUGUUUCAAUUAUGACUCUCACUGCUCUUGCCUAUGAACGCUACAUUCGGGUGGUCCAUGCAAAAGUGAUUGACUUCUCUUGGUCUUGGCGCGCUAUCACGUACAUCUGGCUGUACUCACUGGCCUGGACUGGAGCACCUCUUUUGGGCUGGAACAGAUACACACUGGAAAUUCAUGGAUUAGGUUGCUCAGUGGACUGGAAGUCAAAAGACCCCAAUGAUACCUCGUUUGUGCUCCUUUUUUUCCUUGGCUGUCUAGUAGCACCUGUUGGGAUCAUGGCCUAUUGCUAUGGCCAUAUUCUGCAUGCAGUAAGAAUGCUUCGUUGUGUAGAAGAUUUCCAGACAGUUCAAGUGAUCAAACUUCUAAGAUAUGAAAAGAAGGUGGCUAAAAUGUGUUUUUUGAUGAUCUCUACAUUCCUUAUUUGUUGGAUGCCCUAUGCAGUGGUCUCCCUCUUGAUAACAUAUGGCUACAGCAACCUUGUAACUCCAACAGUAGCUAUCAUCCCAUCUUUCUUUGCCAAGUCAAGUACUGCUUAUAACCCAGUUAUCUAUAUCUUCAUGAGUAGAAAGUUUCGACGCUGCCUUUUGCAACUCCUGUGCUUUCGCCUGAUGAGGUUCCAGAGGACAAUGAAAGAGACACCAGCAACAGGGAGUGACAAACCAAUACGACCCAUAGUUAUGUCUCAGAAAGCAGGGGACAGGCCAAAGAAGAAAGUGACUUUCAGCUCUUCAUCUGUCAUUUUUAUUAUCACCAGUGAUGACACUGAGCAAAUAGAUGACAGCAGUAAACACAAUGAGACAAAAGUAAAUGCCAUCCAAGUAAAGCCAUUGCAGGGAUGAGCUGAAGACACAUGAGAAUUAGAAUUUCAGCCACUAGACUGUUGAGGCUGGAGACUUGUUUCAGUGGCAGUGUCUGGGGGCUGCCAAAGGAAACCACAUUCUUAAGCUGUGAAAUACUGAAGGGAUUCAGCCUCAGAAGCUCUCCAAGUAGUUCAUUUUUGGUCACAGUAUGGAAAUCUCUGCUAAAAUUGUUGAUGGAUGUCAUUACUCGGAAUUUCCUUAAAGCAUAUUUUAGGAUUGCCAUUCAGAACUUUUGGUAUUUUAAUGUUUUGUGUAUAUUGAGCCUUCAGUGAAUAAUUAAAUGGAUCUUAUUUAUAUAA